GCCCAUCAGCCGGGCGAUCCAGUACGCGUGCGCACGCAUGCGCAACGCCUACCGGCUGGCCGGCCUCCGCCUGAGGAGGCGCUCCGACGCCGCUCCGGAGGCGAAGCUGAGGCGACGACGGGCAGGAGGAGCCGCCUCCCCCGGGCAAGCCCUUCGCGGGCGCUGCCAUGCUCCUUCUGCCGCAGCUGGGAGGCCGGGCCUGAGGAACCGCAGCCGAGCCGCCCUCGGUGAGCAGGCCCGCCGCCGCCGCCUCCAUGGCCCAGGCCGAGAAGAUGGAGCUGGACCUGGAGCUGCCGCCGGCCGGGAGCGAGGGGGGCGGCCUGAGGCGCUCCAACAGCGCCCCGCUCAUCCACGGGCUCAGUGAUAAUUCCCAGGUCUUCCAGCCGCACGUCUUGCGCACCCGCCGGAACAGCACAACGGUCGUGAACCGGCACAGCAUGCUGAUCUCUUCCUCUACAAUUCGUAUCCCCAGCAGCCGACUCCAUCAGAUCAGAAGGGAGGAAGGAGUGGAUUUGAUGAACAGAGAAGCGGCGCAUGAAAGGGAAGUCCAAACAGCAAUGCAGAUAAGCCAAUCAUGGGAAGAAAGCUUGAGCCUGAGUGACAAUGACUUGGACAAAUCGGAAAAAUCCUCGUCUCCAAAGAGGAUAGACUUCAUUCCCGUCUCUCCGGCACCUUCGCCUACGAGGGGGAUUGGAAAGCAAUGCUUUUCUCCCUCCCUGCAAAUGUUUGUGAGUAGUAAUGGACUGCCUCCAAGCCCAAUUCCCAGCCCCACAAGGAGAUUUUCAAAAAAGGUUCAACCUUGCAGGCAACCUCUAAAUAUGGACAAGCAGAGGAGGAGCCAGAGUCCAAUCAACUGCAUCCGUCCCAGCGCUCUUGGUCCCAUCAAAAGGAAAGGUGAAAUGGAAACCGAAAGCCAGCCCAAGAGACUUUUCCAAGGAACCACCAACAUGCUUUCUCCUGACGCGACACACCUUUCUGACCUCAGCUCAUGCCUGCCCUCAGAUGCCCUCGACGGUUGCUCCAGCGGCGCCAGCCCCUCCAUUGACUCACUGGCCAAAGGCGCCGCCUCUGGCGCCGCAGCAGAAUCGCCUGCUGCGCGAUCCGAACCUGCUUCCCCAUUCAUCUUGAUGGAAGACCUUUCCCCCAAGUGACUCGCCCUGCCGCCUGCCUGGAUGUCCGCCUGUGCCAUCCUUUUGCUAUACCCGCCUAUGGAGAAACCGGCGGCAUAAAAUCCCCAAGGGCAUCCAGAUUAGGAGUGCCGAGUGUGAAACACCCACGUCAACCCUCCUCAGUAACGUCUCCAGGCGAUUUUAAUCCUCCUUUUAAUGGACGUGUCAGGCCCUGGCGCUGCCUGGCUUGCCGGUUUCCCUUUUAAUUCUUUUGCUAACGUCUGCUCGGUUUUCCUUUUAACUACAAAUUAUUUUGCGAACAUAUGCUUGGAUCGGGACUUUCCUUUCAAAGAAAUGACACCCACAUUUCCUGGAAUUCCCGGAAAAGCAUCCAAUUUAUAUUCGCAUUAAAAAUGUCGGUGGGAAACCGGUCACCGUCGCAAUCCCUUGUUCCAAAGGUAAGAAUGGAGCUGAAAUAAAUGAGUUUAUUCUAGGUCAGGCCUAGUCAAACUCGGCCUUCCAGCUGUUUGGGGACUACAAUUCCCAUCAUCGCUGACCACUGGUCCUGUUACCUAGGGAGGAUGGGUAUUGUAUUCCCCAAACAGCUGGAGGGCCAAGUUGGGCCACGCCUGAUCUAGAGCAGUGGUGGCCCAACUUUGCCCCAUCCACUAUUUUGGGACCACAAUUCCCAUCACCCUGACCACUGGUCCCGUUAGCUAGGGAGGAUGGGUGUUGUAGGCCAAAACAUCUGGAGGGCCAGAGUUUGCCUGUUUCUUGAGAUUAAUGCUGGUGGAAACUGAGAAUCAUAGAAUCAUAGAGUUGGAAGAGACCACAAGGGCCAUCGAGUCCAACCCCCUGCCAAGCAGGAAACACCAUCAGCACUCCUGACAUAUGGUUGUCAAGCCUCUGCUUAAAGACCUCCAAAGAAGGAGACAGUAAGUGAGAAGUACACUUAAGUAUGGGAAAUGUCAUUCGGUUUGGGGUGCAAGAAAUGAUCUAUUCCAGGCUUCCUCAACCUCAGCCCUCUAGAUGUUUUGAGACUACAAAUCCCAUCUUCCCUGACCACUGGUCCUGCUAGCUAGGGAUCAUGGGAGUUGUAGGCCAAAAACAUCUGUAGGGCCGAGGUUGAGGAAGUCUGAUUUAUUCCUCACAAGAUCCAAUUGGGCUUAAUUUCCAAAAAAGGGAAAAAAAGAUGCAACCCAUUUGUAAUCUACUGUGUCACGCUAUUUAUUAUUUAUAAUUCUGUAAAAUAAUAACAAAAGUCUGGUGAUUUAUUAGAGUAUUUUUUUAUGAUUGAAGCCCUUUCCCCAUGUCCUGCGAGCACUGGCUGGUCUGUAUUGAUAGGCAACUUUGUCCGCCGGAUUUGUGCGAUUCCGGUUCCAAAUGUUUCUUGUCUUCCGGAUUUGGAAAACUUUAAUUUCCUUCCUUCCUUCCAAGAAAUAGUGCGGAAUUUGAAGCGUGAUUGUGCUUGUCUGGCUCGAAAAAAGGGCGAAAAAAAGGACAUUUGGCUUUCCCCUUCCUGGAAUUUUCCUUUGGAAAGCGUUGGUUUGGAAUCUGAGUUGGGCCUCUUGUUACCUGUAUUCCGGUUUUUGCCUGGGAGAGAGAGUUUCCUCGCCUCCAAUAAAUGUGCAUAUUGUAAAAUGUCACCCAGGGGUAUCUUUAUUUUUUUAAAUGACUAUUUUAUCCACAUGCACACAAAAACUUUGACCCAGAACAAACUUAGUUGGUCUUUAAGGGGCUACUGGACCGAUUUUUUAUAUAUAUAUUUCAAUUUUAUCCGCGUGCGAAUUGUAUUUGUGUAGAUAAACUGUGCUGUUUUGGCUGGCCUCCCAGCUGCUGCUAAAUAAUAAAGAAAUCUGAUUUAAA